AAUACAAAACAAAACAAACCAAGCAAUCUGCUAAAAUGGAAGAAAUAUGCCGAGUUUGCUUGAACAGAGGCGAGGUCAUGGUAAACAUUUAUCAGGGGACGCAGGAGUUUGGCAUUUCAAUUGCGGGUAUGAUUUCGGAGUCCACUGGCUUUCCCGUGGAAAACAAGGACUCAAUGCCCAAACUCAUUUGCCUGCCUUGCCGGGAAGAUGUACAAAAUGCAUUCGAUAUCAAGAGAACUUACGAGAGGAGCCAUAACUUCUUCUGUCAACUGGAGGAGGAGCGUACGGCGAAGGCUCUUUACAGCCAGGCUAAGGAGCCGGAUCAGGAUCAAGAUCAAGAUCAGGAUGGUGAUUUGGAGCUCCCCUUCAAGUGCCCACAUUGCCCAAAGAGAUGCAGACUGAAAAGCAACCUAACGAAGCACAUAAGACUCCAUUCGGACGAAAGACCCUACAAGUGCGACCAGUGCCAGAAGUCCUUCAAGGACAGCAGUGUCCUGCAGAGGCACAACCGCAUCCAUACGGGCGAGCGUCCCUUCAAGUGUACCGAAUGCCCCAAAUCCUUCUCUUACUCCGGCUCCCUGAGGGAUCACCUGCUGGUCCACUCCGGCGAACGUCCCCACAAGUGUCCGCACUGCUCGACGUCCUUCAGAUGGCUGAAGCUCCUCACCAUCCACCUGCGCAGUCACUCCGGGGAACGCCCCUUCAAGUGUUCCCGUUGCUCCAAGGCCUUUGCAGCCCGAUCCACGCUCCAAAACCACUUGCGAACCCACACGGGAAAGCAGCCCUUUGAGUGUCCUGAGUGCCAGAGGUCCUUCAGCAUCGAGCAGAGCCUGCGGUCGCACAUGAAAACGCAUGAAGAUUAAACUAUAGGGUCGAAAUGUCUGCCUGUUUUGAGCACCAUAAAAACCAUACAUUCCCGUGUUAAACCAUGUUUCCUUUUUUAUUUACUAUAUUGCUUAUAUGAAAUGAAAGCAAUAUUAAAUUGUUAAUAAAUAUAUAAGUACCUGUUGAUUGUACAAAACGAAAUUCAUUCGGUUUAAGUAAAUUGCUAUCUUUUUGCGAUAUUGAAUCUGUAGAAUUAAAGGCUAGUUAAACCAUUUUUACAUUUCUAUGUAUGUUUUACAAUCUAUUUUUUCAAGAGAAAGUUUAGAAUUAUUUACUAUUAUCCUUAUUAUGUUUGGUUUUAUAUAUUUACUAUCUUGUUUAUUUACUAUAACAAUUCCUACACCGAGACAGUUUAUAGAUUAAUAACAAUAACUAAAAAUGUUACAAAUAAAAUUGAAUUGGAUUCAAAAUG